GACAAUAAAAUAACCUAAAAAUAUCAUCUUAAAAAUAUGUUAUGAUUUUUAUCAUUUUUAUUUUAAAAAAUAAAUAAAAAUGCCUUUAAUAGUGAUUACUGGUGUACCAUGUAGUGGAAAAACAACUAGAUCUAACGAAUUAAAGCAGUUCUUUGAGGAGCAAGGCAAAGACGUACAUAUUAUAAGUGAAUACGACCAAAUCAUCAAAGCAGGGUUUGAUAAAAAUGCCUUUUACGCAGAUUCUAAUAAAGAGAAACGGGUUAGAGGUAUAUUAAAAAGUGAAAUGAUCAAGUUAAUAUCACCCACGAACGUUGUCAUCUUGGAUGCUACAAAUUAUAUUAAGGGCUAUCGCUACGAAUUGUUUUGUGGAACCAAAGCGAAUAAAAGCACUCAGUGUACAGUACAUACAGAGAUUAACAGAGAUCAGGCUUGGGAAUUUAACGAGAAUAGAGAAAACGACUUGGAGAAGUAUACAAAGGAUAUAUUUGAUGCUCUUGUAAUGAGAUACGAGGAUCCUGAUGGUAAAAAUAGAUGGGACAGUCCGUUAUUUACAGUGUUUCCAGACCAACCCUUGGAUACAGCAGGAAUAUAUUCGGCCUUGUUCAAAAAAGCACCUCCAAAACCAAACAUGUCCACUCAAAACCCACCAUUGAGCUCAACAAAUUUCCUGUAUGAUUUGGAUCGAAUAACAAAGGAAAUAACUGAUAAAUUAAUCCAGUCUAAAAAUGAAGGAUCAGAUGGUGAUAUUGAAGUUUCAGGAUAUAUAGAUCUGACAAUUGAUAUUUCUGAUGUUUCCGUGCAACAGUUAAUGUUGUUGAGGAGACAGUAUUUGACGUAUUCGAAAAUGCAUACGCCAGAAGUUAGUAGGAUACCUCAGUUGUAUAUACAGUAUUUGAAAACCAGUUUAAAAUAAACGUUUUUAUUCUUG